AUGGCCAUCUCCCCUUCCGAAUUUGCGCGCGUGACGCGGCAGUCUACGAGCUGGGCCGAGGCGAGGCGGAGAGUGCUGUCGGCAUACCGCGAAUGGAUCCGAGCUGCUCCGGAGAUCCAGACGAUGUAUCAGGUACCGCUGCCGGUGGCAGUAGUGCGGACACGGAUCCGACAGGAGUUUGAGCGACACCGGUUUGUCAACAAGCUGCCGGUGGUGGACGUGCUCCUGUUCCAGAGCUCGGCCGACUACCAGGAGACGCGCAACUUCUGGCGGCAGACGCCGCACGUCAUGGCCUUCUUCAAGGAGGAGACGAUCCGGGGCGAGAAGAAGCUGCCGUCCAGUUUCAUGCAGGGCUUUCUCGAGGGCCGCAACUAG